AUGCUAUCCCUCCGCAGCAGCAGCAGCUUGUCUCGCAGCUCCUCUGCGCUGUUCAGAGCUUGUUGUCCUCCUCGAAGGCCAUGCCUAUCACCACUUUUACUACCACUGUCAGUGUCAACAAGUGGCAGCUCUCGUGGCGUGAGGACCCUGCCUGCUUUUUCGCUCGAGGGGAAGACUUGUGUUGGUAAGGGCGCCGCAAGAGGCCUAGGAAAAGAAUUCCUAACCGGAUUCGCCUUGUCGGGUGCAAAGGGAGCAUGCGUCGACCUCACCCCCUCCACCGCCCAAUCCUCCAUCGAGCACAUCCGCCAACACAUCAGAACGCAACAACCCUCUGAGCCAAUCCCCGAGUUAAAACCCUACGCCUGCGACGUAACGCAAGAAUCGCAAGUAAAAGCCACUUUUUCGCAGAUCGUGCGCGAUUUCGGACAGGUCGACGUGCUGGUCACGGCGGCGGGGAUCGUGGACAAUGUCGAGGCGGAGAACUAUGAAUAUGAGCGAUGGCGUAGGAUGCUGGAUGUUAAUCUGCACGGGACGUGGCUGUGGGCGAGGGAGGCGGGGAAGCAUAUGCUUGAAAAGAAGAUCAAAGGGUCGAUUAUUCUUGUUGCGAGUAUGUCGGGGAGUAUUUGUGUGAGGCCUCAGAAGCAGGCUGCUUAUAAUGCGUCCAAAGGCGCCGUCAUCAUGCUCGCCAAGUCACUCGCAACAGAAUGGGGCCCCCACGGCAUCCGUGUCAACACCCUCUCCCCAGGGUACAUGAAAACGGACCUCAUCCGGGAGCUUUUGGAAAAACAAGGCCGCGACCUGGAACAGUCCUGGGUCAAGGACAUCCCGCUCGGCCGCAUGGCGCAUCCGUCGGAGCUGCAGGGGACGGUUGUGUGGAUGGCGUCGGAUGCGUCGAGUUAUUUGAAUGGGUCUGAUAUCAUAGUUGACGGGGGAUAUACAGCGUAUUGA